GUAUAUCAGUCGGUUAUCACAGCACAUAUCCUUCACUUCACUAUCCUCUGCUGCUCCUCUCUCAUGGCUUCAUUUCUCUACAUUUCACUUCCCCUGUUCUUCCUUUUCUUCUUUUCUUUCCUUUCUAAUUUCCACCUUCUAGCACUUUCCUCCGAUCAGAGGCUCAAAACCUUCAUCUUCCGCGUCGACUCUGAAUCCAAGCCCUCUAUUUUCGCCACACACUACCACUGGUAUACUUCCGAGUUUGCUGAUCCUCUCCAAAUCCUGCAUGUAUACGACACCGUUUUCCAUGGCUUUUCUGCUUCUGUUACUCCAGACCAUGCUUCCUACCUCAGCCAACACCCUUCUGUUCUCUCUGUUUUCGAGGACCGUCGCCGCCAGCUUCACACUACAAGGUCCCCUCAGUUCCUAGGGCUCCGAAAUCAGCGCGGGCUUUGGUCCGAAUCUGAUUACGGAUCCGACGUUAUUAUUGGAGUGUUCGAUACCGGAAUCUGGCCGGAGCGCCGUAGCUUCUCGGAUGUCAAUCUCGGCCCUGUGCCAGCCCGGUGGAAAGGCAUUUGUGAGGCUGGAGUGAAAUUCACCCCCAAAAAUUGUAAUAAGAAGUUAAUUGGGGCUCGUUUUUUCCUCGAAGGUCAUGAAGCGGCUGCGAGAUCGGCAGGGCCGAUAAGCGGGAUAAACGAAACCAUUGAGUUCAAAUCUCCGAGAGAUGCGGAUGGACAUGGGACGCACACAGCGUCGACUGCGGCGGGAAGGCACUCGUUCGGCGCCAGCAUGGCGGGGUACGCGCCGGGGAUUGCUAAAGGUGUUGCUCCAAAAGCGCGACUGGCUGCUUACAAGGUGUGUUGGAAAAAUUCGGGCUGUUUCGAUUCUGAUAUAUUAGCUGCUUUCGAUGCUGCGGUUAAUGAUGGAGUGGAUGUUAUAUCCAUCUCCAUUGGCGGUGGUGAUGGAAUUUCCUCGCCUUAUUAUCUUGAUCCCAUAGCCAUUGGUUCUUACGGUGCCGUUUCCAGAGGGGUUUUCGUGUCAUCUUCUGCUGGUAAUGAUGGACCUAAUUUAAUGUCCGUGACAAACCUGGCACCUUGGCUUGUCACUGUUGGUGCAGGCACAAUUGAUAGGAAUUUUCCAGCUGAUGUGAUUCUGGGUAAUGGGCAUAGGCUAUCUGGUGUGUCUCUCUACUCUGGAGUUCCACUGAAUGGGAAGAUGUUUCCUCUGGUUUAUCCAGGGAAAUCAGGGGUUCUCUCGACUUCGUUAUGUAUGGAAAAUUCACUGGAUCCAAAUAUGGUUAGAGGCAAAAUUGUUAUUUGCGAUCGUGGAAGUAGUCCUAGAGUGGCUAAAGGGUUGGUUGUCAAGAAAGCUGGAGGUAUUGCUAUGAUUCUUGCCAAUGGAAUUUCCAACGGUGAAGGGCUUGUUGGCGAUGCUCACCUUCUUCCUGCUUGUGCUGUUGGGUCUGACGAGGGUGAUGCUGUUAAGGCAUAUAUUUCUUCCACGCCCAAUCCUACAGCCACUAUUGAUUUCAAGGGCACUGUCGUUGGAAUCAAACCGGCUCCUGUUGUGGCCUCUUUUUCUGGUAGAGGGCCAAAUGGCUUGAACCCAGAGAUUCUCAAGCCGGACUUGAUUGCUCCGGGUGUUAAUAUUCUUGCUGCUUGGACGGAUGCAGUCGGUCCAACUGGACUGGAUUCAGAUACAAGAAGAACUGAAUUCAAUAUCCUGUCUGGAACUUCAAUGGCUUGCCCACAUGUAAGCGGCGCAGCAGCCUUGCUUAAAUCUGCACACCCAGAUUGGAGUCCUGCGGCAAUUAGGUCUGCAAUGAUGACCACCGCCAACACAUUUGAUAAUCUGAACCGCUCCAUGACCGAUGAGGCGACUGAAAAACCAUCUACACCUUACGAUUUUGGUGCUGGGAAUCUUAAUCUUGAUCGUGCAAUGGAUCCUGGACUUGUGUAUGACAUUACUAACAAUGAUUACGUGAACUUCCUGUGUGGAAUUGGAUACAGCCCUAAAGCCAUUCAGGUGAUCACGCGAUCACCAGUAACUUGUCCGGCGAAGAGGCCUUUACCUGAGAACCUCAACUAUCCGUCAAUUACAGCAUUGUUUCCAAGCUUAUCAGUUGGAGCAACAAGCAUGGCGUUUAUCAGAACUGUGACCAAUGUGGGUCAGCCAAACGCGGUUUAUCAGCCAACAAUUGAAGCUCCAAAAGGGACAGCAGUGGCCGUGAAACCAGCGAGAUUGAUGUUCAAUCAGGGAAUGAAGAAGCAAAGCUUUAUUGUGACAAUAACAGCAAAUACCCGAAAUCUGAUCCUAGAUGAUUCGGGUGCCGCGUUCGGGUCAAUUACAUGGUCUGAUGGGAAGCAUUUGGUUAGGAGUCCCAUUGUGGCGACGCAAAUAAACCCGUUGUGAUCAAAUUGUCUUUUUGAUCGAUGGCAGUAGGUGGCUAAGCAGUAGCAUAAGCAUAGAUUUUGCUACGCGUAGUGAAAAGUCUGUGUUCUGUGGUGGCUGUUUUUAUGUGUUGUUUUUCCUUCCCUUUGUGGCUGUUGUAGGAUAGGACUAGGAGCUAAGAACAAGUGGCUUUGAGUGUUUUUUUUUUUUUUUUUCCUUAUUAUUAUUUGUUAUGUUAUGAGAUGUUGUAUGUAUAAACUCCAAAAGUUUAUAUACGCAAAUAGUAUUUUUAAAUAA